ACCAAAAUACUUUACCAAGCUAAAUCAAAUAAGUAGAUCUUAUUGCUGAAUAAAUUCUUUCAUUAUUAUGCCACCACACGUUUCUUGAUCAAUUUAAUAGCAGGAACUAAUGUUCCGCUCCAACGCGAUCCUACCGGAAUUAUUUUGUUGCCGGACAGAGAUGGAGACUCGUGUGGGUUCAGAUCGAUCUGCUGUGAAUGAAGAUCCAGGAGCUGCUCCUUUCGGAAACUUUAUGAAUUAUUACACGUUUAAUCCACCAGAAAAUCGCCUUAGUUUAAUACCAACAUCCCUGCUGGAAAACACCGGAUGCUGUUCUGAGAACAGCUCAACGGUUUUAAUGCUGGAUGUGGGCUGCAACUCAGGGGACCUGUCUGUUGCUCUGUACAAGCAUCUGUUGCAGGAAGACACCCCUAAAAGUGACUCUUCCAAACAAGAGGUUUACCUGCUUGGAUUUGACCUGGACCAAGAUUUAAUCCUCCGGGCACAGAACCUCAACCCAUUUCCCCAGAACAUCCAGUUUAUCCCUCUGGAUAUCACAGAUGAGUCAGAGAGCCAGACGGUGCUGGACUCUUAUCUUGAGAAGUUCGGACGCACUCAAUUUCACCUGUGCACGUGUUUUGCAGUAACUAUGUGGGUUCAUCUCAAUCAUGGGGAUGCAGGGUUUCUGUCUCUUCUCUCCAGACUCUCGUCUCUCUGUGAGUAUCUUCUGCUGGAAGCUCAGCCGUGGAAGUGUUAUCGCUCUGCUGCACGGCGGUUACGUAAAGUGGGCCGCAGCGACUUCGACCACUUCAAGACUCUUGAGAUUCGCGGGGACAUGGCAGCACAUGCUAGAGAACACUUGGAAAAGCAGUGCGCCAUGGAGCUGGUGCAGAGUUUUGGUAACACAACAUGGGACAGAAGCCUCCUGUUGUUCAGAAGACGAUUAUAGAGGAGUGAAGAUCACAAUCUAUUUAUGUAUUCUGUUGUACCUGUUUCAAGCACAAAUGUUAGGGGGUUAAAAUUGAGGGUUUUACUCACCAUUUCCUUACAUGAUAAACAAGUUUUACUUUCUUCCACGGUACACAAUUUUCAUUCAUUUAUGUGCUGUACUUGAUUUUAUGACAUAAAUGUGACAACUGACAGCUCCUAACAUUCAGCCUUAAAUCUGAUUUUGUGUUCCAUGGAAAUAAGUCACAGGAUUGGUUUUUAAAAUCAAAGUUUUUUUAUACUAUAAAACACUGGAAACAAUUGGCAACGUUGGCAAGUUAUUAUUUGUAAUUCUGUUUAUCAAACACAAGAGGGCGAAUGAUGUCUGCUGUUUAUAUGAGAACUGAAUUUCCCCUUUUUUAUAAUAGUCAAUUCGAGAACCAUGGACCCUGUGCAAAAAAAGACUAUUUUAAAGCGAAAUCCUAUUCAUUUUACAUUACAACAGGCAUCUUUGGUAUUUAAUUUAGAAAUUGCAUUUUAUUUUAAAUAAAUACAUUCCACUGUAAUAUUUGGUGUUAUGUUUUAUUAAUCUGCUCUA